AUGUGGGGACCAUCACACUUCUGCUUGAUACUGUGUCUGUGGGCUUGUUUGGAUGCACUGCCAGUUGCUGUGGAUAAGACUAAAGUGAGCCCUCCAGUAGAGGAUCUAGAGCCACCUGAAAGUGUAGACACUGGAUUGCACUAUGAUCGAUAUCUCAGAGAGGUUAUUGAUUUCCUGGAAAAGGACCCACAUUUCAGAGAGAAACUUCAUAACACAGACAUGGAAGACAUCAAGCAAGGGAAACUGGCUAAAGAGUUGGACUUUGUCAGCCAUCACGUGCGAACUAAACUUGAUGAGCUAAAGAGGCAAGAAGUGAACAGACUGCGUACCCUAAUCAAAGUCAAACAAGACAUGAAUGGAGAAAAAGGUAUGACAGUGGACCACAAAGCACUUCUGAAACAGUUUGAACAUCUGAAUCACAUGAAUCCAUAUACAUUUGAAGUGGAAGACUUGGAUCGUCUCAUUAAAUCGGUAGGCUCCAUAUCUGACUUCCUGUUGGUUUUAUUCUACACUCAUAGUUGUCACAGAUUUUCGUUCAGGGCCCAAAAUUAACUUUUUGGCAGGUGAAAUAAGAAAAUGUACUGGCCAUAAAUAUUUAUUACCAUAUUAUGUAUUAAAUAUUUUACAUUUACAUUG